AUGUAUGGUUUUAGCCACCAAAGCAGGCAGCAUUGUCUGCCUGAGCCAGCAGAACUGGCCGCAGGUUCCGCGCCAGUUGCGGUCGUGAUCUAUGAGGUUCUGAUGGGAAGUGUGGCGAAGGACUUUUGGUAG